AUGACGUCGUUUACCCUUACUGUUGUAUCCAUAAUCUUCUUCUCGGAACUCAAGCUAGCGUUGGAUACAUCAUUUUCCGGACAAAGUGGAACACUUAAACUGACAUUUGGGAUAUCCGUUUUGCAUAUGAUCAAACGAGACAUUAAGGCCGAGACUGUGGCUGUCAUCUGCAUACCAACGCGCGGAGAAAACACAGACACGGCGAGUUGCGCACGGAUAUACAAGGUUGGUAAUUCCGGACGGAUGGGAACAAGUGUACAAUGUGAGACACCGGGAUUCUCAUCCGAAGUCAACAGACGUAAGGUUUCUUUUUCAAACUUUACCAGAAGUGCGUUCAAAUCGGGAACAAACCGGUUUACAUAUGAGGCGACGUGCUGCAUUACGGCUCCGACGGCGGUCGAAGAUGUUGGACGACAAACCGGAAUGACAAAGUCGCAGCAUUUCAAGGCCCGAUAA